AGCAGGACUCCCAAGAAAUACACUUUUACCGAAUUAUCCCUGUAUUAACAGUAUGUUCCUUCGCACUUGCGAAAUAAACGGCUCCGCGUGUUACUUACCAAGUCGCCUAUAUGUCGUUCCUCAUGUCGCUCAUGCGCACCGCUGAAACUUUCUAAAACUCGUUAACUACGUUAUCUGUACAGUAGAAAACUAAGAAUGGCGUACGACCCUCAUACGGACGAGAUGCUCGGGCGGCUCGCCGCCAAGCAUCAGGGACUGGAAGAUUUUUUGGCGAGUAUUUUCGGUUUCUUCGAGCGGCGCACGGACCUUUUCCACGUGAUGCAGAGCAAGGAUGAUCGAGUGGGCUUUCCACCAGGAAUCGCAAAGAAAAUGGUUUUUUUUUUCUACAAAAGUCGACAUAAAGUUUUUGAGUCUCUCAUUUGGCGCGAAUCGUCGCGGGUGUAUAAUUCGCGGAGACCCUUCGCCUGCUUGGUGUGUUGUUUCGAGAGGUUCUUCCCAGCCACAGAUUUGACUAUGUCUGGUAUGGUACUGCUGCCCAGUGAAGAACAAUGUAUUUUCUACUGCGGGCUAGUAGUAUGUAAUAUCCGACUUUGUAGGAAGAAAAAUGUGGUGCCGCACCUGUGUAAAAAAAACCUCCAGGUAGAUGCGCAGUUCGCUAAGUACCAGGAUUUUUAUCAGAAACGCACGGGCAACCGAAUUCCCGAAGGCCUGGACAAAGCGGUGCGACGCCCCAUGCAAUCCGUGCCCACCGGAGUGGCUAGUACUACAACGUCGACGGCGGCACCGGCCGGUGCGUCCUCGAGUAGACCGGCAGCGCCGCCGAGCGCCGGCGCCAACUGCACUUCGGGCGGGUCCUCGUCGAGUACGGCACCGCCCGCCGCCGUCGUCGCCGCGGCGCAGCAGGAUCUGCAGAGUCGGACGGAUGAAGCAGGGAGCACGACAACGGCGUCCUCACCCACGGAUAGCGCUACUUCUGACGUAACUGGCGGCAGGAACAAGCCAGUGAACGUGGAUGCCAAGUUUACGUCGCAUUCCACGUGGAACGGAGCCGUGACCGAUAAGUACUUUCCUCCUGGACGAAGAAUUCUUUUGGUUGGAAGUCUUGAAUUCGCUUUGUCCUUUCCUCCGUGGUCUUUAGCACUUUGUUGUUCUGCUUUCCGCAUCUAUGUCAAAAAACAUUCAGGUAUCGAUGGUCCCAAACCUUGGAGGAGCUGACAGUGGAAUUCCUGCUGGAGCCGAAUGGCGGGGUGAAGAGCAAGGAUGUUUCUGUGGAAAUCAAAUCCGAGUCGGUCAAGAUUUCGUACCAGAAGAAGGUCGUUUUCGAAGAUAAACUGUUGGAGCGGGUUAUGGAAGCGUCAGGAUUGAAAUCGUCAAAGUUGAAAUGGUUUGUCAUGCAUAAAAUACAGCCCGCGGAGUGCCUGUCUUGCAGAGUAGGCAAGCGAGGCAGAUUGUAAGCCUGUUGAGGGGUAGAAACUGAGCUGCUAAAGUAGCAUGACAAAAGGCGUCUUCCUUACCAAAACAGCAUGACAAACUGGAUUGCGGUUCUGCCCAAAUUUGACUUGGAAACUGGGCCACAACUUUCAUCCAUUUUAUGCAUUACAACUUUGUCGAUUUCAAUCCUGACACAUCUAUACGGGUGGAACCUAUGGACUGCAUCUGGAACCUCGAGGACAGCAAGAAGGUGGUCCUCACCCUGGACAAGGUAUAAGUACUACAACUACGGGCUUGGUCUGUUCGUCGUCAGCAUUCUAACUUGGAAGCGAUGUUGUUGCCCUCUGUUUGGAUCAUUUAUUCCGACCGAAAAUUUCGCAUCUCAAAUAAAAUCAAAGAUUCGCAAGACGUGGUGGAAAGCUGUUUUUCAGGACGGGCCGGAGAUCGACACGACCAAAAUCGAAUCGACAAAGCGAAUCGACGACUACGACGGAGAGACGCAGGGGGCCAUUCGUAAAUGCUCUUGGUUUAUUUCUGGAAAGUAGUUGCUAAGUAUCCAAAUUUAACAUGCCUACGGGCAGAAUGUUUGCGACGUUGGUGCAGCUGGAUUAUUUCGGUACUGUACCCAUGAUGUACCGAUGAAAAAGCGAUCUUUUUAAUCUCGGUAUAAAUAACGCACGUUCAUCUCUCAGGUAAGAUUGUGUUCGAUCAGAACCAGAAGCACCAGGGUAAGCCGACCUCGGACCAAAUCAAAACUGCGGAGCUCAUGAAAGACGCCUGGGAUGCAGACGGCAGCCCCUUCAAGGGCACACAGUUCGACCCUUCCAUGCUUAACUUGACCAAUCAGCUGCACCAAAACACGUGGAAUAAGCAAUAGCGGCACAACAACUAAUUCUUUACUACUGAACAAACAGGACCACAGAUCGUGUCCUGCUUUAUGAAAUUGGAGCGCGUAUUUGUACGAG